ACCCUCCAACCUCACCAACAAAGUUAUAGCUCAUUGUGGGAGUUCUCAUAUUCUUCAAUCCCAUGGCUAUACAGAGAGUUGCUGGUGUUGUUUUCUUAGUACUACUGGCUUUAGAGAUAUGUUCUGCCACAAGGGCAUCACUUACUUUUGAAGGAGGACCUGGCUAUGGUGGUGGAGGUUAUGGCGGCGGCCCAGGUGGUGGGAGUGGAUAUGGAGGUGGAAGUGGUGGAGGACAAGGUGGUGGUGAUGCUGGAGGAGGACCUGGAUAUGGAGGCGGGCAUGGCGGUGGCGGUGGUGGUGGAAGUGGUGGUGGUGGAGGUUAUGGUAGUGGGGGGGAGCAUGGUGGUGGUUAUGGUGGAGGUGAAGGAGGUGGAGCUGGGGGAGGCUACGGACCUGGCAUAGGAUAUGGAGGAGGAGGAGGAAGUGGCGGUGGAGGUGGCUAUGGUUUGGGAGGAGGUGGAGCUGGUGGAGUCGGAGGCUAUGGUAGUGGUGGUUAUGGUGGUGGCCAAGGAGGUGGAGGUGGAUCUGGGGGAGAGCAUGGCGGUGGUUAUGGAGGCGGUGAAGGUGGUGGAGCUGGAGGAGGCUAUGGAGCUGGUGGACAACAUGGCAUUGGAUAUGGAGGAGGUGGUGGAAGUGGAGGUGGAGUAGGCUACGGUGGUGAUGGGGGAGCACAUGGAGGUGGGUAUGGAAGUGGUGGUGGUGCUGGUGGAGGUGAAGGUGGUGGAGCAUAUGGUGGUGGUGGGGGUGGAGGCCAAGGUGGAGGAGGUGGGUACGGGGCAGGUGGUGCACACGGUGGUGGUUAUGGAGGAGGUGGCGGAAGUGGCGGUGGCUAUGGUGGUGGUUAUGCUCCCUAAGAACUAUUCGAGCGCCAACAACAUAUAUAUAAAUCGAAGUGUUCCCUCUAAUCUAUCAAAAAUAAGUAUGAGAUUAUCAACUCUCUUGAUUUAUAUGUAACUAAUAUAUUCUACAAUUAUCAAUUGCAAUAUGAUAAAACUAUUCCUCA